AUCCGCGACCUUGCACAGGUGUGUGCGUAUGAGUGGCAACGACAGCAGAAGCAGUCAUUGCAGCCGUCAGUCAGCACAAGCGAUGAGUCGAUGAGUGUGUAGCAACAGCGACGACGUCGGAGACACAAGGCACAAGCCAGCGCUGGUUGUCAAAAAAUUUUGCUUGCAGUAAUAAUCGCAACAAAAGUAACGUUUCGGUUUUUCCUUUCGGUGUAUUUCUAGCGGAUGCAAGUCGCAGAAGGGUUUGUAGCUUGGCAGUGAAAGAAGUCGGUGUGGGAAAAGCUGUUUUUCGGAGAAAGGAAAAGUGAAACACGUUUCGGAAUUGCGGAGUGCGUAAGUGGAGUGGAGUUUCGGAGGAAGCAAACAACACGCGAGAAAAAGGAAAAAGGAGUCGCGAUACGUGCGCGCGGCCUUCUCCCGACCCCCCCCCAACCGACCAGUGUUUGCCAAUAAAUAGUUUGGUGGUGUGAGUGAGAGGUGUGCCAAUUCAGAAAGUUGUAGUGGUGACAAAAGAGGCACAAGUGUUGGUGCUGCAAGAAAGAUAACAAGCAAACGGGCACACAGUGCUGAAAAGGCUGAAAACAACCCAAUCUCGACGGAAGACGAGAGAGAAAGAGAGCAAGAGCUGUGCUGAGUUUUGAAAGCCGCAAGGAGGCAGGAAGCAGCCCCUAAAAUCAAACAACAUUACAACACUGGUGCGAAGAAGAAGGAGUUUUGCGGUGCAAAAAGAAAAGUGAAGAAAAGUGAGUUUUGAAAUUUUUGCCGAUUUUCAUGAGCGAGAAUCGUCCUCGGCGGCAUCGUCAUCACCCGGUCGUCGACUAUUGUAGAUUGAGUCCGUACGGUUUUCGUCUUCCGACUGCGGAAUAAAAGGAAUAGAACAACACACAUUGACUGUCGUCGCCACCGAGAUCGUCGGCAGAGCCGCUGUUGUUGUUUUUGUUAUUGUAUGAAGGAAUACUCCGGUGGUGGUUGCGACGCGAUUUGACAUGGCCGGCAAUGGCGAUACAUCCUGGUGCUUUUCACAGAUAAAGGGUGCCCUCGACGACGAUGUCACCGACGCGGACAUCAUCUCGUGUGUGGAGUUCAACCACGAUGGCGAGCUGCUGGCCACCGGCGACAAGGGCGGCCGAGUUGUCAUAUUCCAGAGAGAUCCUGCCUCGAAAUCGUCCACCCCGCGGCGCGGCGAGUACAACGUCUAUUCCACCUUCCAGUCACACGAGCCCGAGUUCGACUAUCUAAAGUCACUAGAAAUAGAGGAGAAAAUCAACAAGAUCCGAUGGCUGAAGCGCAAGAACCAGUCGCACUUCCUGCUGUCGACCAACGACAAGACGAUAAAGCUGUGGAAGGUCUCGGAGCGGGACAAACGGGUCGAAGGGUACAACACGCGGGAGGACAACGGCAGCGUGCGUGAUCCGUCGUCGAUCAGCGCGCUGCGGGUGCCAGCGAUAAAGCCAAUGGACCUGAUGGUGGAGGCGUCGCCCCGUCGGAUCUUCGCCAAUGCUCACACCUACCACAUCAACUCGAUAUCGGUCAACUCGGACCAGGAGACGUACCUCUCGGCGGACGACCUCCGGCUCAACCUGUGGCACCUGGAGAUCACCGACCAGAGCUUCAACAUCGUCGACAUCAAGCCGGCCAACAUGGAGGAACUGACGGAGGUCAUCACGGCGGCCGAGUUCCAUCCGACCGAGUGCAACGUGUUCGUGUACUCGAGCAGCAAGGGUACAAUUAGGUUAUGUGAUAUGCGCUCGUCCGCGCUCUGCGACCGGCACGCGAAACUGUUCGAGGAACCGGAGGACGUGGACAUCACCAACAAGAGCUUUUUUCGCGAGAUCAUCAGCUCGAUCAGUGACGUCAAGCUGAGCAACACCGGCCGGUACAUGAUAUCCCGAGAUUAUCUGAGUAUUAAGGUGUGGGAUCUGCACAUGGAGACGAAACCGAUCGAGACGUAUCCGGUGCACGAAUACCUCCGCACGAAGCUGUGCUCACUGUACGAGAACGACUGCAUCUUCGACAAGUUCGAGUGCUGCUGGAACGGCAACGACAGUUCGAUCAUGACCGGCAGCUACAACAACUUCUUCCGCGUGUUCGACCGCAACAGCAAGAAGGACGUCACGCUGGAAGCGUCCCGGGACAUCAUCAAGCCGAAGACGGUCCUGAAGCCGCGCAAGGUCUGCACCGGGGGCAAGCGGAAAAAGGACGAAAUCAGCGUCGACUGUUUGGACUUCAACAAGAAGAUCCUGCACACCGCCUGGCACCCCCUCGAGAACAUCAUCGCCGUCGCCGCUACCAAUAAUCUAUUUAUAUUUCAGGAUAAGUUUUAGCUAAUAGUAAGCGUAGUAGUAAUAAUCAAUUAUAAAUGUUUAGGCUGAAACAAACAAAAAAAAAAGGAAAAGAAGAGAUGCAAGAAACUGAUCAAGAGUGGCAGAGCGUCAGCGAACAAUACGAUCGAUGAUGGGUAUGAGAGGCCGAAAGUGGUACGCAGAUUAGUAUUGAGCGCAGAAAAAUGCAGAGAGUUGAAUUCGAGAAGCGUAAUAUAGCAAAUAGAAUCAUGGUGGUAUAUUUCGAAUAGAAAUGAUACAAGAGAGGAGAAGUUAUGAAAUUAAAACACAACAACAAACAAUGUGAAAGCUUUUUAUAAUAUACCAUAAAUAGAGGAGAAACAAAUACAAACAAACGGAGAACUCACACAUAAACAGCAGCAUAAAGGAGAAGCAAGGAAGGCAAAGAAAAAAAAAACAAUUAUUAUUACAGAAUUAUCCUUAAUUAAACGAAAAGUAGCAAGCAGAGCAAAAGAUAAAAAAAAAAACAAGAAAAUCAACAAAAAAUAAAUGCAGGACUAAAAAAACACACACACAGAAAAUUGAGAUAAGAAGACGAGUGCAGCAGCAGCAGCAGCAGCAGCAACAACAAAAAUAAACACAGCAGCGGCGCAUGUAAAUCGUGUAUGGAUGCAUGUAUGAAUGGGGACACGAUUAGAAAAGUGUGCAUGACGGACGGAUGGAUGUGUGAUAGAUGUAAAAUGUUUAAAAAACAAACACAAAAAAAAAAUAGGAAGAAAGGAAAGGAAUGAAGGAGCAACAGCAGCAGCAGCAGCAGCAGCAACAACAACAGCCGAAACGAUUACGAUUAUUAUCAAUUAAUUGAUAGUUUAGUCUUAAAUUUGAUCAUCUUUAUCAUCCAGUAACAACAAAAGCAGCCACAGCAGCAGUGAGCAGAGAGUUAAUAUCGCAACGCCAUCAACAUCAACAUCAUCAUCAUCAUCAUCAUCGUCAUCAUCAGUUUUAUUGAUUAGUCCUCUAUCGGAAAACAGUGCGAAAAUCAGUGACCCUCAGUGGGAAAAAUGAAAUCAAAACACAUAAACAAAAGUUACAAUGAAACAAGCAAAUCAUGAAGCCCCACAGAUAGUAAACAAACAAACGACAGACUUACACAAACUUAAAAUGGUACACACAUACCAACUUGUUGCAUUCUUUAUUAUUAUGAACAUAGAUUAUUGAAAGUAUUUGCUUUAAUUGGCAGGGGUCAUCUCCGCCGGAUGGCGAUGGUAUCAUACCACCCAUCCACACACAGACUUACACAUACACACACACACAAACACAA